AAUCUGGCAUCUCACAAUAAAAAUUACGCAAUUUUUUUCCAAAGAGAUACCGCUAUUCUUCUAUCACUUGAAGCACGUGAACUGUGGAGAGGACACGAAUUAAAAUAAAAUAAUUUUAAUUAAAUAAAACUGCUGUUAAUUUAGCUGUAAUCGAGUUGUAAAUACAUACAGGUAAACAUGUCUUUCCUAGGGGCAACACUGGCACGAUGCUGUCGUCAAAUGACAGUUGGCGCGUCGCAGCCUAUCGCCAUUUUUGCCAGAACAACAAAUAUUCAAGCUUCGCCAUUGACAACUGGAAUUAAAACGAAUCAGUUGCAAUUUGGAUUUCUCAGUGUACGCAAUUUUGCUAGCAAAGGAAAAAUGGGUUUACCUCGUGUCUUCUUUGAUAUGACCGCUGACGGUCAACCUUUGGGCCGUAUUGUUAUGGAGCUACGUCCCGAUGUUGUGCCCAAGACUGCCGAGAAUUUUCGUGCUCUGUGCACUGGUGAGAAAGGUUUCGGUUAUAAGGGUUCAUGUUUUCAUCGCAUUAUACCCGAUUUUAUGUGUCAGGGUGGUGAUUUUACUGCUCACAACGGCACUGGCGGUAAAUCGAUUUAUGGUCAUAAAUUCGAUGAUGAAAACUUUAUUUUAAAACACACCGGAAUUGGUACACUUUCCAUGGCCAAUGCUGGGCCCAAUUCGAAUGGAUCACAGUUUUUCAUAUGCACGGUUAAGACAACAUGGUUGGAUGAUCGUCAUGUUGUAUUUGGCAAAGUUAUUGAAGGCCUAGAUGUUGUUAGAAGGAUGGAGCAAAUGGGUAGUCAAUCGGGCAAGACUAAUAAGAAAAUCAUUAUAGCCGAUAGUGGUCAAUUGCAAUAGUUUUUAGCUAUAAAUUUAUUUAUACCAAACAAAAGUACAAAGUGUGUUCUUAAGUUUUUUUGUUUAUAUAUUCAUUGUCAUAACAUCAUGUAAGAGGAGUUUUAAAACUGAAUAUAAAAACGCUAUUAUUUACUAAACACUUUA